CUUCGUGUGUUCGAAAUGGUCACAAAUAGUGCGAGCUUCUCAACGACUCAUCUAUCGAGGCUCUUGCUUAUUGUUCUGUACGUGUUGCCGAAUCACCUGCCCUGCAAGGCAACGGACCCAAGAAUCGUGGGCGGCUUCCCCGCCAACAGUGUUGCUACGAGGCAUCAGGUGUCAGUGCGCAACAAAGCAACCGACCAGGUCUCAUUUGGACGUGGUCAUAUCUGCGGGGGAAGUCUCAUUAGCAAAUCCACAGUCCUUACGGCCGCGCACUGUCUUGUGGACAAUAAUGAUAGACCGCGGUCGGCCAGCUACUUCCGAGUGGUCGGCGGCAAUAUUGUUCGCAGCUCCCAAACGUCGACAACGUUCGUUGCCGACGUGACGCGGAACGUCGUGCACGCCAAUUACAACCCGUCAGGAUUUCUCAAUGAUGUGGGCCUGCUAAUUUUAGCCAAACAGGUGCCCAUGAACCAUGCAACUUUGCAUCCUAUUACGCUGGCCACCAGAUUGCCAGCAAGUGGCACGGUUUGCCAAACAAGUGGCUGGGGCAGCACGUAUUAUGGAGGUUCCUCAACCGAACAACUGAUGGCGGUCAACGUGUCCAUCAUCGCUACCGCCACCUGCAAUGACCGGGACAGCUACGGCGGCUCAAUCCGGAGUGGUAUGCUGUGUGCCGGCAACUGGAGCGGUGGCCAGGACGCUUGUCAAGGUGACUCCGGCGGUCCUCUUGUGUGUGACACACUCUUAGUCGGUGUGGUUUCGCAUGGUGUUGAGUGUGCACGGCCACGAUUACCUGGCGUGUACGCUGACGUGGCGUACUAUGGCGACUGGAUUGCACGGAACGGUGCCGCAAGCAGUUGGCCAUUGGUGCACCUAUCUUUCUUCUUGGUGCUGUUGAUUGGGUCAGCAGGUUUAGGUCGCCACUCAGCGCGAGAUUGCGAACUCCAUUACAGUCAGUCUGAACAGGUGAUGUGUUCGAAUUCUUCCAAUAUGCUCUGCUACUUACUGUGGACGUUGGCAGUUACGGUAGCAACGGUUUCGGCGGAUGACGAAAGUCGAAUUAUUGGUGGCUUUGAAGCGUUGCAAGACAAUACCAACCAUCAGGUUUCAGUCAGAUUGAAGUUCCUGGAGGAUCGAGAGUUUGGACGUGGACAUAUCUGCGGUGGAAGUCUAAUUAGCGACCGGCUCGUAUUGACGGCAGCACACUGUUUAUUCGACAAUCUGGGGCUCCCGUUGAGUGCAGAGCACUACGUUGUCGUCGGUGGUAAUACCGACAGGUUGACACUCACCAAUAACACCUUCAUCAGCAGGGUGCACAAAGUAGUGUUCCACGAAGGAUACAACGACGAGUUGUCCACCAACGACAUAGCGUUGAUGCACCUUAGUGAAGUUGUACCACCGGAGCAUCCUACUUUGCGGCCAAUUGCGAUGGCAGAGCAAUCACCGAUGGCCGGAAGCAGCUGUCAAGUUUCCGGCUGGGGUACUACCAUUUGGGGAGUUCAAGAAUCGACAGUCAAAUUGAUGGCGGUUAACAUCUCGAUCGUCUCAACUUCGAUUUGCAACGACACAGAUAGCUACAACGGUGAGAUCGCUCCUGGUAUGCUCUGCGCUGGUCAGCUGGAAGGGGGCAAGGACAGUUGCCAAGGUGAUUCCGGUGGACCGCUCGUUUGCCAGUCACUGUUAGCAGGUGUCGUUUCGUUUGGUUACGAGUGUGGUUUGCCAAAAUUCCCCGGCAUCUACUCCGAUGUGGUGUACUACAAGCAAUGGAUACGGUCUAACAGUUCAGCAGACCGGCAACACACCAUAAGUCUUGGAUUGGCUGCAAUAAUUUUCGUACCGCUUGCGUUGUUGCGAAUGUGAUAUGUUCAUGUCUAAGGAACGUCGAAUACACAAUAAAAUUGAUAUUUACAAAGCUA